AUGUCUUCAAGCCUCAGUAGAGAACAGAGCGUGAAGCCUAAGGCAAAGCCGGAUUUGAGCAAUGGUGGGUACGGUGACGAGAACGUGAAAACCAAUGUGAAUGUGAAUGUAGUACUAAACAACCCAUUAAGGGUUGAUGCAAAACCGUUCUUCUCUUCGAAGUUGAUCAACAAUAAAGAGAAGCUGAAGAGGACAAGAUCGUCGAGUCAAACCAUGGGAAUGUUGAGUUUUGGUGGUUGUGAUGAGGGAGAGACAAACACGAAAGAGAAGAAAGCGAUAGAAUCUGGAUUACCAGACAGCAAGGAGUUCGAAGAAGUGGUGAUCAUGGCUGUUUUUGGGGACAGAGACGAAAGUGUUGGACAAGAAGAGGCUCAAGGUUUUUCAGGACAUCACAUUGUCCUCCAUAAACCCAAGAGCCUGAGUCAAUCUCAAAUAAGAUCCUCUGGUAACAAUGGCUGUUAUAAACGCGAAGUCGAUAAAGAAUCUUGA